AUGAGUGGAAGUCGAACGGGCAAGUCCCUGACAAAGUAUAAGAUAGUUUUCUUGGGUGAGCAAGGUGUGGGCAAAACUUCGCUCAUCACACGGUUCAUGUAUGACACAUUCGAUGACCAUUACCAGGCAACCAUAGGCAUAGACUUUCUGUCCAAAACCAUGUAUUUGGACGAUAAAACCAUCAGACUGCAAUUGUGGGAUACUGCUGGCCAGGAACGGUUCAGAUCGCUCAUUCCGUCAUACAUUCGGGACUCGCAUGUAGCGAUUGUGGUCUACGACGUAACAAGCAAAAAAUCAUUCGAGUACAUCGACAAAUGGGUGGAAGACGUGAAAUCAGAGCGUGGGGAGGAAAACGUGGUGCUUUGCAUCGUGGGUAACAAGAACGAUCUGUCCGAUGAACGACAGGUCUCUACAGAAGAAGGUGAAAGAAAGGCGCAGGUUUUGAACGCUAAAAUAUUUAUCGAAACGUCCACUAAAGCAGGCUUCAACGUCAAGAAUCUGUUCAGAAAAAUUGCCAAGACCUUGCCGGAGUUUCAAAAAUCAGACACUGUGCCUCUUGAUGACAGCAAUUCCCAGAGAAAACCGGACGUUAUCGAUAUCACAACUAAUAAAGAAGACCAGGAUCAAUCUAGCUGUCAGUGUUAG